UAUGUUUAUAUUUGUCACCUUCAAUCGAAUUUAUCUCAGUGUAUCCUGAGGAAACCAUUACGUUUCUCUCUUGCUAAUGAUGAUUCUCGCAACGAAGAUGUAUUGCAAGCCGAAAAAGGAGUCAUGCAAAGCGCAUCGUUUUUACUGCAAACAGCCGUCAUCGUUGUUGUUCUAUUUAUAUUUUCACUUACUGGUCAUUCUUUCCUCCUACUGCAGGUGUCAUUUUACUUGAUAAUUUGCAUUGUUGUCAUUUGUUUUUGGGAGACUUCUCAAGUAUAUAGG